UCUCUGGCGCGCACGCCGUUGCUGCGUGUUCUGUACAGCGACGUGGGGCGGGAGAGAGGCAACGUUACACCAAUAGAAUUAGACUUUUAUUCCACCCGGUAUUUGGGGUCAAGCAACGGAGGAUUUGUCAUUGAAUGUUGUUCGCUAUAGUCGCUUUUGAGGGUAAAAUAAGCACGUUGAAAUACAUAGAAAUGGUUUAAGGAGCGCAUUUGUGAUUUGUCAGGAUAUUCUAAAGGAAGCCUUGGCUCCAGGGUUAUGACGUCUAGCUCGUGGAAGAUGAGCCUGCCACCGGAUGCAUGUAACGGGACCGCUGCUGACUUCUCUAGCAUUGAAGAAGAGCUUUACGACUAUCAAAUGCACACCAGAAUGUGCAAGAAAAUCGCGCAGCUUACAAAGGUAAUAUAUUCUCUUAACACCAGGAAUGAGGAACAGGAAGCAACUUUGCAAAUGCUACUGCAUGUUACCACAGACACAGCCGACAACUUUCAGCCAACCACAAGUCAGUAUGUGGAUGGAGAGGAUUCCACAUCUGUCCUUAGGGCUCGUCUCUUAGAGCUACAGGCCACAGUAGAAGAGGUAGAGGCACGGGAACAGAGGGCUGAGGCAGAUCAUGCUGAGCAUAUGGCUGUGCUAACACGAGAAGUUGCAGAUCUGCGCCGAAACUUCCACAGUCUAGAAAAGGAUAGAGACAACCAGUGCCGACUAAUUCAGCAAAUUCAGGAGGAAAAAAAAAGCCUAGAGGAAGAAUGCCAGCACUUACGCCAAGUAGAGGAUAACAGCAGAAAGAGGGAGGAGGAUGCAAAGAGAAAAGAAGAAGAGGACAAGAAGAAAGAGAUGGAACAGAGGAGAGAUUUAGAAGAAAGGAAGAAAGUGGAAGAAGAAUUGGAGAAACAUUUGCUCACAUUAAAAAGUGCACUCAAAUCGCUAGAGAAAGAAAAAGACAGGUUAGAAGAACAGUGGGGGACAGAGAAAGAGGAGUGGAAGAACAGAAUGGAGAUUCUAGAGAAGGAAAGAAGGGAAGAGCAGGAAGCAGCACAAAAAGCUUUACAGCAAAGCCUCAAUGAACACAUAAGCCAGUGGCAGCAGAGAGAGCAAGAGAACUGCAAAUUCCAGAAUUCCUUGUUGCAACAGAGACUGAAGAAAGCAGAGGCCGAGCAACAAAUCCAAGAAGAGAGACUGAUCGAGUGCAAUAGACACAGCAGUAAAUUGCAAGCAAGAAUAGAGGAUCUAGAAGAGCAGCUGGAAAAUUGCCAUCAUCGAGUUGCAGAGGCAGAAAUAAUAAGCAGGAAAGCAGAGGAGGAGCUAGCCGUAGCUAAAGAACGAUUAUUACUACAAGAAAAUGAACUACAAAACAAAUCAGAGGAACUGAUGAACCAAAGCUCCUCUCAAGUGCGGGUGUCUGCUGAAGUGGAGGAACUAAGAUCUCAGCUGAGUCGCCUCAAUAUCAGGAACAAAGAACUGGAACUUCAAAACAGUGGCCGCUCCAAUGAUCAUGCUCGCAUGCUCAAACAGCAUGCAGAUGCUUUGUCUUCCAUGCGCCUGGAGCUGCAGCGCGCUCAUGCUGAGGAGAUUCAACGCCUCCAUCAAGAGGUGGAGAAAGAACGAUCAAAUUACAGACAGGAGUUGGAGGAGGAAAAGAAACGAGUACAAAAAAAUAUGGAGGAAGAAAAGGUCCGCCUUAAAGAAAAACUAAGGAAAGCACUGGAAGAAUUGAUCUGUAAACAUGCCAGCGAGUUGCGCCAAACACAAGCCUCACUGGAAAACGAACGAAAGCAGGCAGAGGAAUACAAAAAGACUGCAGAAGAGGAAAGACAAGGCCGGGAGACAGAGAAAGCUGAAUUACACAAACAACUACAGCUGUCUGCUGUGAAGAUAUGUAAACUGGAGGAAGUGAUACAAGAAUUGGAGGAGGAAAGGGAGCUGGAACAAAAAAGAGAAAAAGAACAAGAAAAAGAGAAGGAAACUGUUGGUUUGGAGCCUUUGAGUGACUCUGAGUUUGAGAGACUUAAUGAAGAACUGAAAAAUACACAGCAUACCAUACAGCAAAUGCAGGUUGACUUUGCUUUGGAGAAAGAACGACUGCAAAUGGAAAUCUCCACUCAUAAACAAGAGAGAAAUGUACUAGAGCAGUCAAACUAUAGUAUGGAGGAGAGAAUAAGGUUGCAGUUUGAGAAGCAACUUUCCGAUCAUGUAGCAGACCUACAGAAAGAGAGAGAGAAGGAGAUCAGGGACAUUAAUCUGCUUUGGCAACACAAGGUUGAGGAAUUACAGACACAGCUGGAGGAAAGAAAAGCACUAUUCCAGAGGAACAAUGAAGAAAGAGAUAUGGAGGACUGUCAUGUUAAUGAAGAAAUGGAAAGAAUGAAACUGGAAAUCCAAAAAACAAUAGAAAUGAACAACUCGCUCACUGCCCAGCUUUAUGCCACAAUUCAGGACAAACAGCAGUUACAGGUUGUACAGGAGGAAGAUGAGGAUGAGGAAGCAGUGAAGGAAAAUGAGUUAAAAGAUGAAAAAAGAGAUGAGAAAGUAUGGCAUCAGCGAGACCAGGAGUUGUUACGGUUAGAGAGACUCAACCACCAGCAUGCCUUACUGGCUCUAGAAAAACAUGCAAGUGAAGAACGACAGGCAGAAAGACAGCACCUUCACACCCAGUACAAGCUACAGUUGGAAAAGCAGAAAGCAGAGUUAACACAACAGCACACUGAAUGGGUCAGGCAGGUCACACAGAGACAUAUGAAGCAGAUAGAAGACCUGCAAAAUGAACUCAAGACACAUACAGAAAUGAUGGCUUUGCAACAGGACCUGAAACAGCAGAACCGACUACAGUCACUUGAGAGGCAGCUGGAUGAGAGGAGCAGUGAGGUACAAGAGCUGAAACGAGAGAAUGAGGAACUAAGAGAGCGAAUGCAUGAACUCAACAAAGAAGGAGAAACCAGCAAGAAGCACAAACAAAAGAGCAGCAGAAGAUCAUCUAAUUCUUGGAAGGAGAAUGGCAAUGAAGACAGAUCUUGGGAUGAGGAAGAGGACAAGAAUGAUGAAACCCGGGUUGAAAUCGAGACCAGGAAAAAUGAAGAGAGAAUGGAAAUAAUGUCUGAUUUCAGCUCAGCCCAAACACAGCUACAUGCCCACAUUGUGGCCUGCGAAACAGAACUAAAAGAGAGGGAGGAGACGGGUAAAAGAAGAGUAGAGGAUCUACACAUCAUUGCUAAAUUACAAGAGAAGCUCAAUGAAAGAGAUCAGCUUAUCAAGAGACUGGUGGAAGAUCUCCAUCAGCUAUCCCAACAUCAUCCUCUUAGCAGUGAUGGGACAGUGAAGUCCUACCACUCCAGAACACAAUCAGGUCUAACACCUACCAUGAAGAGAAAGAUCCUUGAGGAUGUCCCACCAAGUGGGACCAGCAUACCGAGUCUCAGUUCAUUGGAGGGUGCAUCCUCCAAGUCAUCACAACUGUCGAGUCGGGCAGUACCAUCACAGAUACAAACUCCAUUUUCCCCUCAUCCUGAAUCCAAGACUUCUUUUCGACACACUCUCUCUCCCACUCAUGAUCUUCUGCACCAGUUGCAACUCAACAAUAGUCAACACAUACGGGCUCCAUCUGAAAAGAGGGUGAUUGAAGCAGGACCUGAUGGCCAAGACCCCAAAAAGCAAGAGUGGCUCACCAAAUACUUCUCUUUCUGAGCAUACUUGGAUCAUGAUUUGUUUUGAUGCAAAAACAUAAAUCCUCAUAAUUUCAUAUAAAACAAACCACUCUGUAUUUAUUUGUAGGCAUUAUAUUAUUGAAAUGAUGGACAUGUAACUCCCAUGCAAGGUACAGUUUCUGUUCAUAUUUUGAUAUGAAGAAUAUGAUUGUUUUUUGAAUGUAUGCUGCAUGAUUUAAUAAUUAUAAAUGUAAAACCAAAUUUUUCUUAAAAAAAAAAAAAAGAAAAGAAAAAAAAAAAGAUUAAAACCUGGUUCCAAAUUACAGAUAUUUUGGAAUACUGAACGAAAAUGUAUGAUAUCAGCAAAUGUUUAACAAAUGAUUAGAUCACAACACACUGAAGGUCAGAUCAAACCAUUGUUAACGUCAUAACGUAACAUUGACAGUAAAUAUGAAAACCUAUAACUUGGUGAACAGACAGAAAGAAGUUAACUAAAAUGGGUGAGUGGAAAAUAUUAGACUGGCACUUGAAAAAUCAAGAUAAUUUGUAUAUUAAACAUUUAACAGACAAUGAUAAUGAAGUCAGUAUAUACAAUAUGUAAACAAAUGAUAAGAUAUAAGAUUAUCUCAAAAUAAUAUCUACUCUGAAAAGUAUUUACCUCAGAAUAUUUGUUUUUUUUGCCUGCAAGCUGAUUUUUUAACUCAUUUCCAAAUGUCUUGACUGGUCUAAGCAUAUUUGAAUGGCCAUAGCAGAGUCAUGAUUUAUUUUUUUAGCAUAUAAAUAAUUUUUGUUAUGACCUCAAAGCUGGUUUUAAUCAGAUAUGGAUGGUAGCAACAGUUCCCAGACCUCUGGAAGCACAAUACACUCUCAACACAAGCCCACUACCAUAUUUCCUUAUGCUUCUACUGUACUGUUCAUUUUACGUACUAGAUAUGUUUCAUUUCGUGGCCUUUUGAUGCCUCACUCUUGGCGUGCAUGCUGGUGGUUGUUCAGAAGUUAAGAAUGUUUGGGUUCCAUUUCCAGCAUCACCAGGAUUUGACUAUUAAGCAAGUUACUUAAGCAAGUUAGUUGAACUUCCUUUGUUCAGCUCAACUAGCAAAAGCUUGUUUGGAAAAUAUGCUGAAUAUAUUUAAACAUAGUUUGCCUAAUAUGUAAAUGUAAUCCGAAGAAUUCCCAUGAAGGAAAUAUAUUAACAUUAAAACUGCAUUUAUUAUAAUAUUGCUGCCAUCAGAUAUUUCAUUCAAACUCCUCAAUAUUCAUCCUGAAAUCUUCAUACUUAAUAUUGGAUGUGGAAAUGACCAAAGGUAAAUAACCAGUGGUGCUAUGUUACUGGUACUUUGAAAUAAAAAUAUGCUGUUUGUUAUCAGAUGCUUUAUCUAAUUAUAUAACCAUCAUUGGAGUGGCUAAUGGAGUGACCAUUGAACUUCAAUAAAUUACAUAUGAACAAUAAAAACCGUUGAUGUUUUAUUAUUCACAACCACAGGCG